GCAGGCACCCACCGGAAGCAGCCCCGACACCCGAACAUGGCGGCCGCCCGGUGCGUACGUUGGGGCCUGAGACGAACCGGGACCUGGCUGCUCCCGCCGCCUGCGUGCUGCCCCCAGCGCGCUCUGCACAAGCAGGCCGACGGCACAGACUUCCAGAGUAUCUACAGCCUGGACAAGCUCUACCCCGAAUCCCGGGGCUCGGACACCGCCUGGAGGGUCCCGGACGAUGCAAACCAAGCCAAUAAUGACAUUCCUCUAGAUCGUUUGACGAUAUCUUACUGCCGGAGUAGCGGUCCUGGGGGCCAGAAUGUUAACAAAGUGAAUUCCAAGGCCGAAGUCCGGUUCCAUUUGGCAACCGCCGAGUGGAUUGCAGAGCCUGUGCGGCAGAAGAUGGCCGUCACGCAUAAAAAUAAGAUGAACAAGUCAGGAGAGCUGAUAGUCACCUCCGAAUGCAGCCGCUAUCAGUUCCGAAAUCUGGCAGACUGUCUUCAGAAGAUUCGAGACAUGAUUGCUGCGGCCAGCCAGCCAGCUAAGGAGCCGUCCAGAGAAGAUGCGGUACUGCAGAGGAUCAGGAUAGAAAACAUGAAUCGGGAAAGGCUGAGAAAAAAGAGGAUAAAUUCUGUCAUAAAGGCAGGCCGAAGGGUGGACAUGGACUGAAAUCCGCCCCCAGAGCCGACACGGACCCUCCUCAGGGCAUCCAGGCGGCCGCAAGCGCGAGCUCUAACACCGUCAGGAGGCCCCUUGUUUGUGGCCGUUAAUGCUCAGCCUUGACGUGGGCGCCGCCACGAGAAUGUUCGCCCAGAAGGAGGGUGGCAGGCACUGCUUGCCUGGUCCUUAUAGGCAGUCACGUGUUGUCAGACCUUCACUAUCCACUUCGUGCGUCAGCGGUAAUAAAAUGCUGCAGUAAACACAA